AUGAUUCUCUCCUCCCUCUUACCAUUAUCUCUGGUCACUCUCACCAGCGCCGCCCUGACCUACCGCGGCGCCGAUAUCUCCUCGCUCCUGAUUGAAGAAGACUCCGGUGUCGCCUACAAGAAUCUCAACGGUGAGACCCAAGCCUUCGAAUUGAUUCUAGCCAACAAUGGAGUAAAUUCGAUACGGCAACGAAUCUGGGUGAAUCCAAGCGACGGAUCUUACAACCUGGAGUACAAUCUGGAGCUGGCAAAGAGGGUACAGGAUGCCGGCAUGAGUGUCUACUUGGACUUGCAUUUGAGUGAUACGUGGGCGGACCCGGGAGACCAGGCAACCCCCUCUGGGUGGUCAACAACCGACAUCGACACCCUGGCUUGGCAAGUGUACAACUACACACUGGACGUGUGCAACACCUUCGCAGAGAACAAUGUCGCCGUCGAGAUUGUCUCCAUCGGAAAUGAAAUCCGCAACGGCCUCCUUCACCCCUUAGGAUCGACAGACCACUACGACAACAUUGCGCGCCUCCUGCACUCGGGCGCCUGGGGCGUCAAGGACUCUUCGCUCUCCACGACGCCCAAGAUCCUCUUCCACCUCGACAACGGGUGGGACUGGGAUGCGCAGAAAUACUUCUACGACACCGUGCUUGCCACGGGUACACUGCUGUCUACUGAUUUUGACCUUAUUGGCGUAUCGUACUACCCCUUCUACAAUGCGGAUGCAACGCUCUCCUCACUGAAAACGAGUUUGACGAACCUGAAGUCGAAUUACGGCAAGAAUGUGCUUGUUGUGGAGACGGAUUGGCCGGUGCAGUGUAGCUCGCCUGAGUAUGCAUUUCCGUCGGAUCUUAGUUCGAUUCCUUUCAGCGCCGAUGGGCAGGAGACUUUUCUGGGCAGGUUGGCGGACACGCUGGAGGAUGUCGGUGGUGUGGGAAUAUAUUAUUGGGAGCCUGGCUGGGUGGACAAUGCGGGGCUGGGAUCGAGCUGCGAAGAUAACCUGAUGGUUGACUGGAGGGACAGGACUUACCACCAGAACCUAUAUGUUCGGAGCUUUCUCCAUGUACGGAGCAAGUACUACAUCAGGAUUGAGGACCGGCCAGUCAAGACUCAUCACUAA